CAAAGACGAAGCAACAGCGAACAAACUCUAUUAGACCAAAGAAGAAGCGACGAAACGAAUUGUUUGUUAUUUCUGACAAUGGAACAAACUUGUGACAAGAAUAUCUGCUGACAAUUGGAUAUUAAUGAAAAAUAAGGACAUACCAAAGCAGCCUAAUGGUUCAGUAGACUGUGGAAUUUACAUGUUGAUGAAUGCACUUUAUUUGACCAUGGAGGAACCCUUUGAUUUUACUGCUGAUGACAUGCCUGCCAUUAGAAAGUGGUGGUGUUUGGUUGUUCUGGAGAUCAGCUCGUAUGGGUGGCUCUUAUUAACGUUAUACAGAAAGUUGAAAGGAUUUCUCUGCCAGAGGCAGAAAAUCUGUUCAUGGAUGGACCAGUAUACAUGAGAGGGAAGAGUUUGACAUACUUGUUUUGCAACAGUUGGAAGCACAAGGAAAGCACCACUGAGGCAUUUAAACUCGGGAUUACAUCUCAACCCUACUCAAAUAAAUGUGUCUCUUUCUUUACUUCUCUUUUGCCUUUUUUAUUUCUGUGUGUUAAAAUGACUGUGCAUAAUAGAGUUGUAUAUAUUUAAUGUAACUAUUGA